AUGGUUCGACUUCCAGAAGUUCGGGUGACUCCUUACGUCCGUGCAUUCACGUACAUCGGCGUGGAUUACUGCGGGCCAUUCUCGCUACGAGUUCGGAGGUACGAGGUGAAAAAAUGGGUGAUGCUUGUGACAUGCCUUACGGUGCGAGCUGUGCAUCUCGAGGUAGUCGGUAGCCUGUCAACCGAAGGCUGCAAGAUGGCUCUUCGUAGAUUUAUAGCGAGACGAGGAGCACCGCAGGAAAUAUUUAGUGACCAAGGGACUAACUUCAUCGGCGCAAGCAGAGAACUGAGAGAGGAAAUAGCCAGCAUUAACAAGGACCUAGCUGGAACAUUCACCAAUGCCGAUACCCAAUGGCGCUUCAACCCGCCGGCUACGCCACACAUGGGUGGGGCGUGGGAGCGUCUCGUGAGAUCGGUGAAGACGGCGCUGAGAACAAUUUCAGCAGGAAGGAAACCAGACGAAGAAACGUUCUACACGUACCUAACUGAAGUGGAAUCUAUUGUCAACUCCCGCCCGUUAACUGAAGUGCCGUUAGAAUAUGAAGAUGGUGAAGCGAUUACACCGAAUCACUUCUUGUUAUUGAACUCCAGCGGAGUGGUACAACCGCCUCAGCUUCCAAUAAUCAACGGCGCAGCCCUACGGACGAAUUGGAAUCAAAUCCAAUACCUUUUGGACCUAUUUUGGGCCAAGUGGAUACGGGAGUAUCUGCCUGUCAUUAAUUGCCGGUCGAAGUGGUUGACGGACGCCAAACCUGUACAACCUGAAGAUCUGGUGAUGGUAGUAGACGCAGGAUCACGGAACAGCUGGAAACGCGGUAAAAUAGUAAAAAUCUACAAAGGAGCAGAUGGCGUUGUUCGACGGGUUGACGUCCAGACUGCCAACGGAUUGCUGCAGAGGUCUGUUACAGGUUUGGUGGUGCUCGAGGUGAUAAAGGACGGUACAGCUGGAGAAGGUUGCCAGCAAUACGGGUCGGGGAAUGUUGCAGAAACGGAUCACCCUGCAACACUGACCACAGUGCAUAGACCGGACUCAACGUCAGCUUUGAAGCGUCAAGGUGACAAACAAACAGACAUGAAGAAGAUGACACAUAUGCACACAUACACAUAA